UCGACCAUAUUUUGCAAAGUAGCUGAUGCUACAAAAGUUUAAUAUAAUUAAAUAAUAAUUUAAGUAUAUCCAGUUUCCGCAGACACUCAAAAAGAGAAUUUACUCUAAUUUUGAAAACUCAACUCAGGCUCAACAGAAACAAAUGCGUAAGUCAAUAAUGCAAGUAAUAACAAAAUCAAAGUCGGGAUCAGAGAGGUAAUAAAGGCAGUCAAGGUUUCAGUUGAGUAAAAAUCAAAAUCAAAGUCAACUGUUCCCAACGCAAAAUGAGAAUGAAAAUAGGGGAAGUUGUAUUAAGUGAAGAGAAAAUAAGAGAUUCAGAAGAGCGAUGAAUACGAAAGAGAAAAAAAGAGAGAAAAAUGUUGAAUUGAAGAUCAGCAUGCGACGUUGCUGUUCAACUAACAACCCUCCGCAUGGAUGCUCGGCUGCGAGUCGAUAGUCGUGGAUGCUGCACUUUUGUAUGAGGCUCCCGCCACCGGCAGCACAGGUAAACGUAACCAUAGCAAAUGAGAAUUUCACUCUUUGUCUGUAGAUUCCUGCGGUGCAACAUUAUGAUACAGGCAAGGUAAGAAUCUGAGAAUUCCUGUGCAACAAAGAUGGUUAAGGUGCUGCGAGGAAAAAGGUACAAAUAGCGCAACAACGGCAGGAAGGGCAUCAUUCAGCUGUAGAGCGUCGUGCAGUAAAGAUAGUGACUUGCAGGCAGGGUAUUAAUUUAAAAUUUAAGAAACUAAUUAAACCUACGUAAAGUAAAAAUGGCACAUGGCAGUCUAAGCAUCAGCAACGGCAACAAUAGCCACCAGCAUUCCUACCAAACAUCACAAACGCAGAACGCAAAGAGUAUAUAUCAACAGCAACAACCGCGCGCCAUCGCACCAGCGCCACACAAGAAUAAACUAGCAGCAGUGCAUAAGACGAGUAGCGAAAAGUAUUGCGGCGGUAUCAGCGGCACAACGCUGGACUCUAACAAUCCAUCUGUGGUGCGUCGCAAUGCACGCGAACGUAAUCGCGUCAAACAGGUGAAUAACGGUUUCUCACAUCUACGACAACACAUACCACCCGCAAUUAUUGCCGAUUUGAGUAACGGACGUCGUGGCAUUGGACCCGGCGCUCACAAGAAACUCUCCAAAGUGGACACCCUGCGCAUGGCCGUGGAGUACAUACGACGGCUGAAGCGCGUCGUCGAUGAAGUGGACGGGAAACGCGUGAGUGCGGCUGUGAAUGUGUGUACGCAAGUGCAGAGCCCUUCGUGGCCUAGUAUGUCGCCCAUUGGACAGAACUCACCACCGCCAACGCCACCAAAGAAUAAUAUGUAUGCAACGCUGCUCGCUGAUAAAAUGCAACAACAUUUCCAAACAGCGAACUUUGCAGAUAACUUGCAUCAACAACAACAACAACAACACCAACAAUCACAACUAACCAACCUCAAGUAUCAGCAGUCAUUAGCGCAGCAACAAUAUUUCAAUCCGCAUCCUACUUUAAUAUCACCAGCCGGCUCGGUCAGCUCCAACGCGAGUUCGGGUGAUUGCAACAGCUCGUUGUUUUAUAACAAUAACUCACCAAACGCGCUACCAUCUCCACCACAAUUUUCAUUGCCUUUGCAAAUGAAAUACGAACAACAACAAUGCAAUGAGGAGAUCAUGACGUGCAGUUCUGGUGAGGAGGAGGAUCUGCUGGACUACAUUUCGCUGUGGCAGGAUGAAGUGUAAGAUAUUGACCAGCAUAGUUGGGAAUGGUGCAACUAGUCAGCUGGCACUACUUACACAUAUACACAGACCAAGCGUCGUAUGUAUGCGUCGUACUUAAUCAACCAAUGACUGAAACGAGUAUUAC